AACAGGGCCGCAGGUAUAAAAGCAAUUCAAACACUAUCCUAUUCGUCUCACUCUGUGUCGACUAGCGAGUCGCUUAACUAGUGCAUCUUCCGUCUCGUCACUUCUACAGCCAAACUAAGGUGUUCAAGAGGCUAUCACAGGAAAUACUCGAAAAAAUCAAGAUGGCCAAGAUUGUACUGUUGGUGCUAACCUUCAUCUGCGCUGCUCUCGUUACUGCCGAAGAGCAACAAGCAGAAGGUCGUCAGAUGAACUGGAAUAGUCCCAGCUACGCGAAUAAGCCAGACUAUUCUUCAAGCUAUUCUUCCAGCCGUGGAAGUGAAGAUCCCAACCGAUCUGGCUCCAUAAUGAAUGGCCCUGCUAGCAAAUCAUCUCUUAACUAUCAAGGCAUAGUAUCCCAAUCACUGGACGGUCAAGACAUUAACCGCGAUGGAAGCUAUUCAGCACCCUCCAGUUACGGAUCGGGCAGCGAUUACGGCUAUGAAGCUGCGCCUGAUACAUCUUACGGCAAUGCCGUUGGCUACGGGUACGAUAUUCGCAAAUUCCCUCCAACCCCAUCUGGUCCGUUUUACAGCAUAAGCAAUCCUUCUUCAACUGUUCCUAAUUCCUUUUUGCGUGGAAUGCCCCGUGAGCAACAGGAUCAUCCUGUUUCAUCAUUAUCUAGUAUGCAAAGUGGUAGGAUGCCAUACUACCAAUACCAGCAAGCAGGUGGAUUUAACAACAAUAAUAACAAUAGUAAUGUUGAUCAAAUUGUUAAUCGAGCUGGAUAUGAUGAAGAUGCACCGCUUGGCGGAAUUUCGUCGUCUUCAUCAGGCGGGUCAAUGUUGUCAGGCACAACGAUGCGUAAUCCGAUAUCUAGGCAAGACGAUUUUAGCUACGGAACUGUUAAUGGCGGGUACAGUUCUAUUCCGCCAGCUACGGGCUAUGGGUAUGGCGGAGCUUACGGAGGCUCUUAUGCCUCGCCUGGCUACUCGAGUAACUACCGCAAUCCUUACGGAGGCUACUCAAGCUACGGAAGUUCGGUCUCUGGUGGAUACGGGUCUCCGUUGUAUUCGGGGAAUUAUGGAGUGGGAGGAUAUGGAAAUUAUGGAUCAGGUGGAUAUGGAACUUAUGGAUCAGGAGGAUAUGGAGGCUACGGAUCGGGAGCGUACGGAGCAUCCGGCUACGGUGCUGGAAGUGGUUACGGAGGAGGGUAUGGAGGUGGCUACGGAUCUUAUGGAGGGGGUUACGGGGCCAACUACGGAAGCGGUUUCUAUGGGUUACAGCCCGCUUUUUUCAAAAAGCCAAAAAAAGCUUUCCACGAUUGGUGGAAGUAUGGUAAAGAUGUUGUCCCUUACGGCUACGGAUCUGGUUAUGGUUACGGAUCCAAUUACGCUGCCAUUCCUUACGAUUACUAUUACGAUCCUCCCGGCCUUUGGCAUCUGAGCAAAUUUGCCAUGAAAAGCAUCUUCAAAUCGAUGUUUAAGCCUAUCUUCAAAUGGCUUCCAUUCUGCUCCCCAUUCUUCUACGCGAGAACUGAUCGAUCAGAUGACAAACACAGCAGCUUCGUAAGUGCUCUUACUGCUUUCCUGCCAAUCGGUCUCUUUUUGGCCGCCAUUGUACCGAACAUUGUUACCGUUAGUUCUGGACGUCGUAAACGUUCGGAAACUGAGGAAGCAAAUGCCGCCCGAGACGAAGCAACAUUUCCCAUUCUAGACAUGAUCAGCUCUUUCGGUGUGCGUUCUCUUCAGGAACCCACCUGCCAAUCGAAAAUCGUUUGCGAGAUUGGUCGGAUGGGAGGUCUACCCGAAGCUAACGUUGUUCAACGAGCUCUGUGGUUCACUGCUAACUAUGUUCCAGAACGCAUAUCCAGCCUAAUUGGAGCGGACAAAUUGUUUCGUCAGAUACGAAGCCAGCAGUGUUCAGAAUUUAUGUGCUCUUCUGAUUAAUCUUUUACUAUUAGCACAAAUGAUGAGUUCAUUUCCUUCCGACCGGGACGGCUGACAUCAAAGUAUUCAUUAAUGAAAAUCAACCGAAAAGUGCAAUUCUGACGCCCACGGUGCCUCUUUCGACAUCUAUGUACAUUAUAUUAUUUUAUUAGUAAUUAUAGCGCUCUGAAGAUGAACGCUUUUUCAACCCGAGUUUGAAGAAAUUAUCUUUAAUCUCUUAAUACGUUCCUUAAGCAUUAACAAGUAUUUGUUUUCAUAUUUAACUAUUUAUUUGAAACGAUGAAUGCUCUCUAUCCUAAUAAACCUACCUUUAAUUCAAUUAAAGAA